AUGUCAGAUGGCCAACAUGAAUUCGAUCAACAUGCCUCUACAGCUUAUAGUGCAAAUGAACUUGUUGAAUUGGAAAAUAUUAUUGAUAAAGAUGAUGCAAUGGAUGAAAUGGAAAAAAUGGGUACAGGACAAUCUUCGGAUGACCCAAAUAGGAGGAAGAGAUCUGAGGUGUGGACUGAAUUUGAUAUCGUAACAGUAGAUGGCAACACAAAGGCAAAAUGCAAUUAUUGCAGUGCUAAAUUGGUAUGGAAGAAGGGGGGUGCCACAACUCAUCUCAAAAGACAUUUAAAUGCUUGCAUGCCUCGAAAACUUUCUAAGCCUAGCGAAGACAAAGACUUAAAACAAAGCUUAUUGUCGUUUGAUGUUACUCAAGGUCAUGCAAUGCUAGCAACUUACAAGUAUGACAAAGACAAGAUAAGAGAGAUUCUUGCAAAGAUGUUUAUAGUGCAUGAGUAUCCUUUUAGGAUGGUGGAACAUCAGUUCUUUGUUUUAUUCUGUAAAGCUCUUAACCCAAAAUUUGAGCUAAUAAAGCGGGUUACUUUGAGAAAUGACUGCAUGAAAAUGUUUGCAAUUGAGAAGCAAAAGUUGAGGUCAAUGUUAAGAAAUGUUGAUAGAAUUAGCUUAACGACUGAUCUAUGGACCUCAAAUCAAACAAUAGGGUACAUUUGUAUCACUGGACAUUUUUUAGAUUCUGAAUGGAAGUUGCAAAAGAGAAUUUUAAAUUUUUGUAGCUUGGCACCUCCCCACACGGGAAUUGCUAUUGCUGAUUGUAUUCUUCAGUGUCUAACUGAAUGGGAGAUUGAAGAUAAGGUUUCCACUAUUACGUUAGACAAUGCAUCUUCGAAUGACACAGCAGUUAAAGUCUUGAGGGAUAAUUUUGCAAUCAAAGGAAAGCUUUACUUCAGUGGAAAAAUAUUUCAUAUUCGCUGUUGUGCACAUGUUUUGAACCUAAUGGUACAAGAUGGUUUAGCAGAAAUACGGGAUGUAAUUGAGAAUAUCCGCGAAAGUGUGAAAUAUCUGAAGAUGUCUCCUUCACGACUUCAUAAGUUUACUGAAAUUGUUAAACAGUUGAAGUUGUCAACCUCUAAAAUUCUUCAACUUGAUGUGCCUACUCGAUGGAACUCAACAUAUGAAAUGCUAGAGUCGGCAUUGGAGUUCAAACCGGUGUUUCCAAUGUACAAGGAAAGAGACUCCAACUAUAAAUGGUUACCAUCCGAGGAGGACUGGAUACGAGCUACAGAGGUUUCAAAAUUUUUGGAAAUUUUUAAUGAAGUCACAGAAGUGUUCUCAGGACGUCAAUAUCCAACUUCAAAUUUGUUCCUUAAUGAAAUUUGGAGAGUGAAGGAGAAAUUAAAUGAUAUGUCCUUUGAUACUAGAGAUUUUGUGGUGCGCAUGACUCGAAGAAUGAAUGAAAAAUUUGAGAAGUAUUGGGGAGACUGUAACUUACUAAUGGCAAUUGGAGCAGUUUUGGAUCCUCGCUAUAAAAUGCAGCUCAUUAUGGACAAAUAG